CAACAACAACAACAACAACGCCAACAGCAGCAGCAGCAGCAGCAGCAGCAACAACAACAACAAUAGUUCCCCAACAAUGCCGGACUGUCCAAGUACGCGCAGCUGUUGAUGGUGAUCGAGGAGAUGGGACGCGAUCUGCGCCCGACGUACUCGGGCAGUCGCAACUCGGCCGAACGUUUGAAGCGGCUGAUCGUGCACGCACGCAUUCUCGUCCGGGAGUGCUUGGUCGAAACGGAACGAUCCGCCAGACAGUUAAUGCAGUGCGUGCACACGAUGCACACGGCCGCAAAGAAGCAGCGUAAACAAAUACGCAAUAGGAGCACAAUUCUGCGCGUGUGGGCUCACCCGGUGCAAGCAAUGAACGCGCCAUAUCCGACACCGAACGCAUGCUACACGGACAUCAAGCAGGGCAUCCUUUCCUACACGCUACCCCUGCGCACCGAUCUGAGCGAUAUUCCGGGACCGCCCAUUAGCUUGCUGCCAACCCCGCCCCACAGCCUGCUACCAACCGUCGCACAGGACAAAUCAUCGUCCUCCUCCGGGCAGAAGAAGAAGCGCCGCGCGUACGUGAACGAAAGCGAGGAGGCCCGAGCACGCCGCCUAGCGCGCAACGCAGAAAGGAUGCGGCAGAAGCGCGCCAACGAGACGGAGGAAGAGUACCGGCUGCGGCUGGCCAAGAAUGCGGAAAGCAAUCGACGGAAGCGGCAAAACGAGACUGAUCUAGAGCGCACCAUCCGCCAUGCCCGCAGUGCGGCACGCGAACGCUUGCGGCGCGCGAUGGAAACGCCCGAGCAGCGGGCGGUGCGGUUGGCCAAGCUGGCCGAACGGAUGCGUAUCGCCCGUGCGAACGAAACGCCCGACCAGCGGGCCAUGCGGCUGGCCAAGAACGCGGCCAAAGCGAAGGAGCGCCUGAUGAAGGAGUCGCCCGAGCAGUGGAUCGAGCGGAAGCGAAAGAAGGCGGAAUACGCCCGGCGCAAACGGAGCGGCAACCCGAACAGCUCUGCCGGCAGCAGCAGCAGCAACGAUGCGGCCAUACACAGUACGCUCGCUUCGCCCGAGCUUUCCUACGGCCAUAGCUACGUCCCCGACCUUGGCCACGGGGUGCCGCCGGACGUGAAGGACAUCAAGCUGAUAGCCUCGCCGAAGCAGCACGGCGGCAGCGGCGCACAGCAACCGGAACAGAUCUACAGCACACCGCACCUGCCCUUCAUGGGGCACGAGGUGAAGGCGGCCGAUUUUCUCCCGGGUGCGGUAGUGCAACAUCCGGGCGCGACCGCCCUACACCACCACGACCUGUCCAACCCGAACAACGUGCUAAAGUUUCACGUGCUACCCUACUCGCUGCCGCCUGGUGCAGCGCCACCGGCGGUACCGGCUGGCCCCGGUAUGCCGCCACAUCCCGGACAUACGGUGUACAAACACAGCAAACAUUCAAACGUGACGACUGGGCAUUGGACAGUGCGAAGACAAUUGGCACGAAAUAUGAAUGGAUUUUUCCAAAUCAACACAUAUUACAAUGAGUUUAAGCAAGAGGUUGACGCUGCUUACGCCGCUGCACCGAUUCCACCGCAAGCAGUCCAGCAGCACCACCAGCAGCAGCAGCCACAACGGCAGCAACAACAACAACGCCAGCAGCAGCCGCAACAACGCCAGCAGCAGCCGCAACAACGCCAGCAGCAGCCGCAACAACGCCAGCAGCAGCCGCAACAACGCCAGCAGCAGCAGCAGCAACGCCAGCAGCAGCAGCAACAACCACAACCACAACCACGGCAGCAAGUAGCUGUAAGCGAGAGCAGUGUCACGUCCACCCAGCACACGCUGACCCUGAGCAGUAGUAGCAAGCAGCAGCCGGAUCUGAGCAAAAACCAGCGCCGUUUUGUGCACGAAACCGAGGAAGCGCGGGAGAAGCGGCUGUCGCGGAACGCGGAGCGUAUGCGCCAGAAGCGGGCGAUGGAAACGGAGGAGCAGAGCCGGAAGCGUAUGGCCGAAAACGCGGAGCGCAUGCGACGGAAACGGGCGGCCGAGACGGAGGAAGCUUACCGUAUGCGAAUGGAUCGCAACGCCGCCUUCAAGAUGACGGACGAGUAUCGGCGCCGGCUGAACGAAAAUGCUGAACGUAAUCGGCGAAGGCGCCAGAACGAAACCGAACUGGAGCGCAGUAUCCGGCGGGCACGGAGCGCCGCCCGGGAACGGUUGCGCCGGGCGAUGGAGUCGCCCGAGCAGCGGGCCGUCCGAUUGGCAAAGCUAGCCGAACGGAUGCGCAUGACGCGGGAACGGCUGUGGACGACCAUGGAGACACCGGAGCAGCGGGCAGAACGGUUGGCACGGCUCGCCGAGCGGAUGCGCAUUGCUCGGGCGAACGAAACACCCGAACAGCGUGCCCUUCGGCUGGCCAAGAAUGCUGCCCGGGCGCGGCAACGCUUCCUGAACGAGUCGCCCGAACAGUGGAUCGAUCGAAAGCGGAAAAAGGCAGAGUAUGCCCGGCAGAAGCGGGCGGCCGCAGCCCUCGGUCUUGAGGGCACCAUCAUCACGUCAACCAGCACCGCGAGCGCACCCCCCGGUCCUAGUCAUGCAAGCCAUGGCUUACAGCACGCAUCCGGGCCCUCGGUUGGCUUUCCGGGCCAUGCGCCAUCCACCCUGCCCGAAACGAUACUGCAUGCGACCGGCGGGGCACAACAGCCGACGGGUAGUAGUAGCAGUGGCAGCAGCAGUACCGCCGGGGGCUCAUCCAGCAGCAAACAGAAGCAUUCUUCCGCGGCGGGACAACUACACUCGGAGCACAUUUACCCCACGCCGCAAGUCAUAUUCAGCGGUGGCGACUUCAAGCCGCACGAGCUGCUGAACGUAAACGGACAACACUUGGUCAUGCAGGCCGACCCGAACUGUCCCAACAAUCUCUACAAGCUGCACAUUCUACCGUACCCCUUCCCGUCUGCGGCGGCAUCGGGCAGUGGCUCCGCUCCGCACGCCGACCAGCCGAGUGCAUACAAAACCAAGCAAGCAUGUAAACACACCAACCAGCAACUAAAUAUGAAUGGAUUCUUUCAGCUCAAUCCAUACUAUAAUGACAUUAAGCAAGAGAUCGUGGUCCCAUACGCAGCAGCACCUGUCGUGGCGACCACCUUGCCGCAAACAAUACAGAGCAGCGUCCCGCAACAACUACAGCAGCAGCAGCAGCAGCCAGGAACCAUUAGUGCCGGUGACGAUCGUUCCUUAAGCGUACCGCACCACCUGUCGCCCCUGUCGAAAAGCCAGCGACGGUUUCUGCACGAAAGCCCCGAAGCCCGGGCCAAGCGGUUGGCGCGGAACGCGGAGCGUAUGCGCCAGAAGCGGGCCGCCGAAUCGGAGGACGAGUACCGCAAGCGGAUGGCCCAGAACGCGGAAAGGAUGCGGAAGCGGCGGGCGGCCGAAUCGGAGGAGGAGUACCGGAAUCGGAUGCACCGCAACGCGGAAAGCAAGUGCAGCGAGGAGUACCAGAUACGGCUGGCGAAAAACGCCGAGCGGAACCGUCUGCGGCGGCAAAAUGAGACUGACCUCGAGCGGAGCAUACGGCGGGCCCGUAGUGCGGCACGCGAACGCUUACGGCGCGCGAUGGAAACGCCCGAGCAGCGGGCGGUACGGUUGGCCAAGCUGGCGGAGCGGAUGCGCAUUUCCCGCGCGAACGAAACGCCCGAACAGCGGGCGUUGCGGCUGGCCAAGAACGCAGCCAAAGCGAAGGAGCGGCUGCUAAACGAAACGCCCGAACAGUGGAUCGAGCGGAAGCGAAAAAAGGCCGAGUAUGCGCGGCAAAAGCGCAGUGCGGCGGCCGCCGCCGGCAAACUGGGCCUCUCGACCACCUGCAACUCCUCCAGUAGCAAUGCCAGCGCACCGUCCGCGGUGGGCGGCAGCGAAACGGCGAGCUUUAGCCACGCGCCGACCGCAACCAGCACGUACAAUCUCGAACCCACUCACUCCCUCGUGUCGCUGUCGACGACGGACCUGAAGGACAUCAAGCUAAUAUCAGCACAAAAGCCCGGCCAAAUGUUGCAGCUGCCGGAGCAACUGUACGCUACGCCGCACAUCCCGUUCAACGGGACCGACCUGAAGCCGCCGGAGUUUUUAACCAGCAGCGGGCAAGCGGCGACGAGCGGCCAGGGCGGCCCACCCCACCACAUCAUGCAGCCCGAGCUGUACAAGUUCCACAUACUGCCCUACACCUUCUCCCCCACGGCCGGUGCAGUGCAUCCGACGCAGGCGGACUACAAGGGCAAAUAGGAAGCUUGCACCUCCAUAGCUAUAAGCUAUAUUGGAUCGUUUUGUCAUUUAAAGCUUAUUUGCGCUUAAAGUAAGGAAAGAGCCUGUGCUAACCUCGCACGGUAACCUUUCUGUUCUUCUUCUUCUUCUUCUCAGCAACGGCCGCGGUCCCUUUGUGUUGAAGGAAGCGAAUGCCAGGAUAGAGUUAGGUUUCCCCCUCGUUCAUUGCAACAAUCGCUAGAACACGUGGAGCACACGUGCGUGGGUCAGAUUAGCAUCAUACAAUGUAGCGAUCCCCUUUUAUGGAGUGAAUUAGCAUAAGUUAGCCAGUCGGUCGAUGAACAAAUAGUGGUACUUGUAACAAGUUUAGUUCGAAUGGUGUAGAGAGGUUCAUUAUCACAAGCGAACAAGGGUGUAAAACGUUGUGUUUGAGGUAAACCUAAUUAUCCUAGUCACUUUCAGCAUAAGAAAAAGGUUGAAUAAAAUGGUAUUAGCAUUA